AACUCUGGUUUUGGAAUUGUUAGAAAGAUUUAGAUCACAAAUUGUGCCUUUGCAGCCUUUAAAAAAAACCACAGCACAAUAAUAACGGGCUGUAAGGAGUUGUAAUUAGAGCUAGUGCAGCCAGCUCUCUCCUUCCUCUCUCUCAUCUGAUGUUUGGCUUGUUUCGCCCUCCCUCUCCGUCUAUUUUCUGCACCGAGCCCUGGAGUGAAGCUUCCUCAGACGCGUCUGAAUGACACCCCCCUCCUUUCAGUGAUGCUCUUUUUUCUUCAGCCGAUGGUUGAGAGUUGAAAUUAUUCCCCAAAUGACCUGAAACCGAGAAAGGUGCGCGGUGGCGCGCAGCUUUUACGCAUGGAAUUUGGAGUUCUAAUUUACGCACCAAACUACCUCAGUCCUUCGUGACGUGCUGUCGGAAUAUAUGAAUUAUUUUCAGGGAGAAAAACUCAGCAAAAAUGCGGGGAACUGAACUGCUGCUUGGCUACUUUUUGGUGAAAGUUAUGGUUUGUGACGCGCAGGGGGAGCCGGAUCGAACCGUCGAUGACUUCAUAAUAAUGACCGGGUUCAACGAAUCCAUGGUGACGGAUGGGGAGAGUCUGGUCACGGAGAGCCCUCACACCGAGGAAAAGUGCCAGGGCUACUACGACGUGAUGGGUCAGUGGGACCCGCCAUUCGUGUGUAGAACCGGCAGCUACCUGUACUGCUGCGGCACCUGUGGCUUCAGGUUCUGCUGCGAGUACAAAAGCUCGCGCCUGGACCAAACCACCUGUAUGAACUACGGCACUCCCCCGUGGAUGAUGACCGGCAGACCCCCCUCAAAAGUGGAUGUGGCGCUGGAGUCUGCAAAGGAUAAAACCAGCCUGAUUGUGUAUAUCAUAUGCGGGAUCGUGGCCAUCGUGGCGCUGAUCGGGAUUUUCACCAAGCUUGGUCUGGAAAAGACGCACCGUCCGCACAGAGAGAACAUGUCAAGAGCACUUGCACACGUAAUCCGACAUCCUGCCUCGGAGCAUGCAGACAUCCUCGGACUUAAUCAACACUAUGAGAACAUCCAAGCUGAGUUAUCGUUAACCAGUUUCUACAGUAACCAGAUGAACAACGUGGCUCAAUCACCAACUUUGAUAAGUCAGCCAUAUCCAGCAGUGGGACAGAUCACCAGCCCAUAUGAGCAACAGACGCCCCUUAAAGACCUCAACAAGUACACCACCCUCAAGACUGUAGCAGAGAAAGCGGGAGAAGGCUACCAAAGCAGCCGGCAGCAACCAUUUGAGAUGACGACCACGAGCAGCCUUCCAAUGGAGGAGGUGGAUAUGGAGCCAGAGCUGACUAACCCCUACAGCCCACCCAGACAGAAGUCUAUGAAACAGGAUGGACAGAACAGCAGGGGCCCCCGGAGCUACAGCACCCAGUCUCUGUACUACAGCUCCAUCUCGGCAGCAAGCCCAGGAGCGCUGAGACCAUGGCAGAGCAAAGACACACUGGGCCACCGACAGAGUUACGGCCCCAAAAAUCUCAGUACAAUUGAAAAAGAGUUGCACAACUCCCGCUACAUGCCUCCACAACCAUACUUUGUGACCAACAGCAAGACAGAAGUGACAGUAUGAGGAAGUGCACCACAUGAGUUUGCAUUAAAAGACAUGAACUGGUGGCUUUGUGUUGCAGAACAAGAAACACAAACAAAGGUCUGGGUGGUUUCUACGAGGAAUCGGUAAACAUUUAAAGCCUUAGUCAUAUGCAUCUAUCUGUAUGAGUGAUGCAGGUUUUUAGGUUGUCCAGGUCCUUGGAGGGUGAUAGAGAGUAGCAGCUGCCUCUUAAAGACCCACUCCGAUCAUCAUGACGAUGCAGUUUUUUUCUUUUUCCAAAUCGAAAACCUGCGUUAGUUUUUGGGACACAUUUUCUGCAGAGCGGCAGUAGUUGAUUAAAAAUUUGUCUCUGAGUUGUGGCCAGAACUUCUGGUGUGGAGUAAGCCUGCCGUCACUUACCAUCAU